AUGCGCCGGCUGGACCUCCGACCUCGGAGUAAGGCUGAGCGCCCCCGGGCUGGAGGACAAGCGGUCGCUCCUUCCCCAAGCAGAAGUCUGAACUUCGGUCAGACUCACUCCCUUGUGGGUGCUGCGCACUCCACCCUAGGAGUUCCCCCGGAACUCGCACCUUCCUCCUCCUCCAGGACUACGGCCCGGGCGGAGGCUCGGCUGCUCCGGAUGCGACCCCCUACCGGAAGCUGCUUCUCGGGACCCGGGGUGGGGGUCCCCAGCUCCCCGCCCUCCCCGGACUCGGCUGGGGUACAGCCCUGGUGCCCGCGGAGGCAGGAGCUGCACGGCCAACUCCCAGCACGGGCCGCACCCCACACCCAGGUUCUCUCUGUAAUCCCCUUCCUCCAGGUGCCUGCCUCUCCAGAAGGCCCGUCCAGCCUGCGGCAGCCUUCCCUGGGGUCCGGCGUUGGGCACGGGCGCCGGACCCGCCGAGGGGAGGCGCGAGGGGCGGAGGAGGGUCGGCUUCCCACGUGGGGGCUGACGCCGGCUGCUCGGCAACGCCAGCUCGAUCCUGGGGCUAUAAAACGAGUCCACCGUAGCGCCGCGGAGCAGCCGCGGCUCCGGCUCAGCAGCCCAGCAGCCGGCGCGCCGCCGCCUGGCCCCUUUUUCCCCGCUCCUGCACCCCUGCUCCAACUCACGCUGCCCUCCGACCCCGGGCCGCCCUGCUGCACUUGGCGCCCCCCGAACCGACGCCUAGAAGACACUGCCUCGGCCGUGGCUCCGGGAGGCCCGACCGCUCCCCUGGCCCGGCCCGGCCCGCUUGAGGUCGGGGCGCCUUCAUGCGGCCCUACACUCCUCACCCCGCCGCCUCUGCCGAGCUCCGCGCGCUGCGCCCCGGGCCCAGCAGGGCGCGCAACUUUGGAAGUCCCGUGGCGCUCCGCUCCGAGAGGCGGCCCCAGGUCGGGCCCAGCUCGCCCCGCCGCGUCUGGGGGAAGCGAGAGUCCGGAGCGGCUUCAGGGAUAUGAGGAGGCAGACUUAGGGCUCCGAGCCCGCAUCCGCUCCCCUCGGCUGCCUCCGGGUUGGGGGCCGGCCCCCGCGCACGAGAUAAAACUUGGCCGUGUGGAGGAGCUCGGAGCGAGGACCCCCUCCCACGUCUGCAGCACCGGCGGCCGCGACUCGCGGGGCCAGGCCCAUGGGUCACUAGCCGCCCCUCGCUCGGGCCCGGCCUCCAGCGACUCCUUCCCUAUGCGCGGCGCGGCGGGGUGAACGGGCGCCGGAGGACGAGGAGGACCCACGGGCGCCGGGCGGGGACGCGGAGGGCAGCAGGCCCCGGCGGGCGGGCGAGCGGCGCCG